CUUAUCUAUAAACACCACUGACCGCUCCCUUGUAAAGUAGCGGGAGAAACUAAACUUACGUGGGUGGAGUGACACCUACCUAGUAGCCUUAAUAUCAACAAAAUAAAUCAGGGUACGUAUCAUUAUCCGACUUCCUUUUAAGUUCUAAAACUCCUUAACUUUUCACACACACAACACACAUACACACCGAUCAGAAAUGGAAUCUAUGACGGUGGUUCUGUAUCCUUCUCCGGGAAUAGGCCACCUGGUUUCCAUGGUGGAGCUCGGAAAGCUCAUUCACACCCACCACCCUUUACUCUCUAUCCUCAUCCUCAUAACUCCGGCACCUUUUGAAACCGGUUCCACCGACAAAUACAUCAAAACCGUCUCUGCCACCAUCCCUUCCAUCAUGUUCCACCACCUCCCCACCAUCGCUAUUCCACCAGACUUGUCGUCUGAUUUCGUCGCACUUAAUUUUGCGAUCCCACAGCUUUACAACCCAAUUUUCCACAACACACUCGUAGCCAUCUCGGAGAAAUCCACCAUCAAAGCUGUGAUCCUUGAUUUCUUUACCAACGCUGCUUUCCAAGUCGCUAAAAGCCUCCAGUUACCCACUUACUACUUCUAUACCGGCGGCGCUUCCGGUCUCUGUGUGUUCUUAUAUAUGCCCACCAUCAACAACAUCACUUCUGAUUCUAUUAAAGAUCAAAAUAUUUACUUUGAUAUUCCUGGAGUGCCUCCAAUCCAUUCUUCCCAUUUUCCCGCAGCUGUGGUUGAUAAAAAAGGUACAGCGUAUGAGAACUUCAUAAACACUGCCAGAAACAUGGCAGAAUCCUCCGGCAUCAUUACAAACACCUUUGUUGGGUUCGAAGAAAGAGCUGUUGCCAGUCUCCGGGACGGUAAAUGCAUCUCCGACGGUCUAACUCCGCCUAUUUAUUUCAUCGGACCUUUGAUUGCCGGUGGAAAUCAUGUGGAUCCUAGCGAAAACGAGUGCUUAAAAUGGUUGAACUCACAACCGAGUAAAAGUGUAGUGUUUUUAUGCUUUGGGAGUUUGGGUGUUUUUAAGAAAGAGCAGCUGAAGGAAAUAGCGAUUGGGUUGGAGAGAAGCGAGCAAAGAUUUUUGUGGGUGGUGCGAGAUCCGCCACCAGAUGAAGAAAACGAGUCGAAUUCCGGUGGUGGUAAAGAGCUCGAUCUUGAUGCUAUUCUUCCUGAAGGGUUUUUAGCCAGGACUGCAGAUAAGGGACUGGUAGUGAAAAAUUGGGCACCUCAACCGGUGAUACUUGGUCAUGACUCGGUGGGUGGAUUUGUGAGUCACUGUGGGUGGAACUCAGUGCUUGAAGCGGUGGCAGCUGGGGUGCCAAUUGUCGCAUGGCCGUUGUAUGCAGAGCAGAAGAUGAACCGGGUGUAUUUGGUGGAAGAAAUGAAGGUGGCACUGGCGGUGGAUAUGUCGUCGGAUGGGUUUGUGACGGCGACAGCUGUGGAGGAAAAGGUGAAGGAGUUGAUGGAGGGUGAAGAAGGGAGAGUAGUGAGGGAACAGAUAUUAGAGAUGAGUGAAAGGGCAAAAGCUGCGACGGAGGACGGUGGCUCCUCCCGGGUUGAGUUCUUUAAAUUAACCAAUUCUUGGACCGCCCUGUAGCGUGAUUGACUGCAGUUCUAUGUGUUUUUAAUACUUUCAAGAAUUGAUAUCGAUUCUUCAAGUAAUAACUGGAGGAAUCCGUAUUUUCUUUAAAAAAAAAGAAGAAAAUAAAUAGGAUGUCAAUUCCUCAAUUCCCACCAGAAACUGCAACCUCGUGACUAUUAAAUAGCAAUGUACUCUCUAAAUCUUCCUCUUCAUUUUUUUAACAUGCUAUCUUUAACUUCAUUCACCUUACAUGCUAGAUUUGUUAUGCCUUAAUAAAAGACAAUUUCAAAUA